AUGGUCCGCCUGAAAAGCCGCUACCUCCUCAUAGACAUCCUCUACCCAGACCCAAAAACGUGGCCAACAACCAACCCCUCGAAACCCCCAAACCCUCAAUUAGCAAUCCACGCCCCAACCUCCGACACGCUAACACCAGGCUUCCUCGCGAAGAUGGUGCGCGAAACUGUGUCCGAGUUAUAUGGUGAUUGGGGCGUUGGGAAGCUUGGUGGUGCGAGUGCGGGUGGAUUGAAUAUUAAAUACCUCUCCCCAGCAACAUCAACGGCAAUAAUUCGCUGCCCAAGACCGUCCUACCGCCUCGUUUGGUCAGCGUUAACCUACAUGUCUGGCGUCCCAGACACGAACAACGGCGGACAAAAGCGCGCCGGGACCGGGCGGGAGCGUGGCUGUGUCUUUCGGGUUAUUCGUGUUUCGGGGACUAUGCGGAAGGCUGAGGAGGAGGCUAUUCGACGGGCUAGACGGGAGAUUGUACGUGUUAAGGAUGCUGAGGAGAGGGGGGUUUUGGGGGGUUGGUUGGGAUUGGGGUUGGGGAUGGUAUGGAUGUUGAUGUUGGUGUUGAUGUUGAUGUUGGGGUUGGUGAUUUGA